GUCCAAUUGUAUCGAUGAGGUUUGCGGUACUGGUCACGGCAGGCAUCGCGGCUUCGAUUGCCGCCACUGCCGCACCUGUUGGGGAACAAGACAGCCGGCUCGAGUACACAGAAGGUCUUACCCUUCGACCCCUUCCCCAUGUGGGCAAGGCCGUGGCGCAUUUCCAUUUCGAUCUUACGACGACAUCAGCGGCGUCGAGCCAAGCUCAUUUCGACGUGUUUCCCCAGAGCCUUCGACACGUGGUUCAAAAGUACAACGUCGAGGACCUCGAGUUGACGUUCACAACAGGGCUGUGGCGCCAUGAACAAUGGGGUAGCAUCCUAGGCAACGGCCCGCAUGGAGUUUCGCUGCAGGCGACGAUGCACGAUCCUUCGCAUUGGACGGGGCUGACUCAGCAACUGGCAGGACUCUUCUCGGCGUCUCUGAACAAGAUGGACGCCUCGACAGUCUACACCACGAACUCUUCUUCAUCUACAACAAGUAUCCACGGCAUGCUUCCGCGCGAAGAGCUGUGCACAGAGAACCUCAGUCCAUGGCUCAAGAUGCUUCCCUGUCGAACGCACGGCGGCCUUGGCGCGUGGGUUCGACCUGUGACGCUGCUGGACUCGGACUUCCUCUCCAUUAAGGUACGCGUCGUCCACGACCAUGGCACGCUGCGACUCCAUCAAUCGCUCACGGUGGUGCGGCGAGUGGAUCCCACGUGGUCAUUGCAGUCGCUGCUCGGCCUCACGUCUUCGCCGACGUCUGCAUGUGCUUUGGCGCGCUCUAGUGUCGUGGCUACGGACCUCGCGUUCGUCGGCUCGUCUGCCACAUCCCCCGGCACACGUAACAACCCCGUGGACCACUCAACUCUCCACCAAGUCUCCUUUGCAUCGGCAGCGGCGACCACUCCCUCGCCGUGGCUGGUCCGAUCUGAUUCUGAGUCUGAUUCCACUUCUGCGUCUACUACCUGGCGAGGCGUCAGCGGCCAUCGCUACUUGACAGGAUACGGUCAAGUUCGCGGCGGCAUUGGCCUGCAGCUGACCAACCACCACCCAACCAAUGCCAUCCACGUGGCCUACCACGAAACCAUGCCAUGGUAUCUUCGCGUGUACUUUAGCACCGUUCGACUUCGAUUGAAUGGUGUGGAUGUGGAUCCGUUGACGCUGCCGUCGUUUCACGUCACAGUGCCCACCUCGUCGUCUCAGCAUAAACACCUUCGUGCACCGUAUGAACUGCACUUUGCAGUGGAGAUUGCCCCUCUGUCGCAGCUAAGUCUAGCGUAUUCGUUCGACAAGACGUUUCUGCCCAUGGGGGCCCACCCCCCCGACUCGAACCGUGGCUUUGAUGUGCCACCGGCGUCCUGGACAGUGGACGGUGUCACAUAUUUCACGGAGCCGCUGCUUGUGCCCCUGCCCACCCCCGACUUUAGUAUGCCAUACAAUGUGAUUGUACUCACAUCCACCGUGGUGGGGAUGAGCAUUGCGAUCGUGGUGAACACGCUCGUGAACCACGAACGACGUACCAACUUGCUGCUCACACUCGUGCACAAGCUUAAACGAGCGUUUGCAUCUGCGAACAAGAACAAGGAAAAGAGCGACUAACUACGAACAUUACUACAUAGUAGUACAUUGAAACGUUGAUGAUAUUAAUACUUAAGAUCGAUGGAAGGUG